AAAUCACUUUAUCUGCGUGUGCUCUCUUCGAAUGCCAGUUGUAUGAAAGUAUUGGCAUGUAUCUCUCACGCGCUGAAUGAGCAGAUUGGAUAGACACUACUACCAUCUAGAAGAUGGACAAGUCAUCACACAAGCUAUUAACAAGGAUAACCGCCAACUUAAUCGGGACCCACCACCAUCCUUCCAUCUGUUGGGUUCGGUUCGGUCUGGGUAUACGAAGCGGCCCGAAUCUUUAGCGAGGCUCGAGUCCAGCCCAGAACAUAAAUUCAGCGACAUAGUAUUUUUGACCUUUUGCAACCUUGCAUAGACGCGAGCAGCAGCAGCAGCAGCAGCAGCAACAGUGAGAGGAAAGGUGAGAGGGAUUAAAGAUGUCAACGGAAUAUAAAGAUUGGAAUGAAGUUCACAAUUGUGUGAUCAAAUUGAGAGAGAAUCCUCGAAGACGAAAGGAGAAGGUUUACAUUGGCUGUGGGGCUGGUUUUGGAGGUGACAGACCAUUGGCGGCACUUAAGUUGCUUCAAAGAGUUAAGGAGCUUAACUAUCUUGUGCUUGAAUGCUUGGCUGAGCGCACCCUUGCUGAUCGUUAUCAGGUUAUGUUGUCCGGUGGUGAUGGCUAUGAUUCUCGCAUCGCAGAUUGGAUGAGACUGCUUCUCCCUUUGGCUGUAGAGAAGGGAACUUGCAUAAUAACUAACAUGGGUGCAAUGGAUGCACUUGGCGCUCAAGAGAGCGUUCUAGAAGUUGCCAGAAAUCUGGGGCUUAGUGUUUCUGUCGCUGUGGCUCAUGAGAUCUUUUCCAACAAAUCAGGUUCGGGAUCUCCACGUGUGAAAUCAAAUUUUGCAGAAGGUGGUGCUAGUACAUAUCUGGGAGCAGCACCUAUUGUUGAAUGUCUGGAAAAGUAUCAACCUAAUGUUAUAAUUACUUCACGAAUUGCUGAUGCUGCCUUGUUCUUAGCACCAAUGGUUUUUGAAUUGGGUUGGAAUUGGGAUGACUUAAAGGAGCUAGCCCAGGGAUCCUUAGCCGGGCACCUCCUAGAGUGUGGUUGUCAACUCACAGGUGGAUUCUUCAUGCAUCCAGGUGACAAAUAUCGAGACAUGUCUUUCUCGUCUCUGCUGGAUUUGUCGCUUCCCUAUGCAGAAAUAAGUUUUGAUGGACAAGUUUGUGUAGCAAAGGCAGAGGGAAGCGGUGGGGUAUUAAAUUUCAGUACUUGUUCCCAACAACUUCUUUAUGAGGUUGGAGAUCCAGGUGCUUAUAUCACGCCUGAUGUGGUCAUUGAUUUUCAGGAUGUUUCAUUUCAUCCAUUGUCAAGUUCUUGUGUUCUCUGUGCUGGAGCAAAACCAUCUUUAGGAUCCAGACCUGAAAAACUCUUGCGUUUGGUACCAAAGGAUUGCGGUUGGAAAGGAUGGGGAGAGAUAUCCUAUGGAGGGCAUGAAUGUGUAUCUCGUGCUAAAGCUGCUGAAUAUCUAGUAAGGUCAUGGAUGGAAGAAGUAUGUUCCGGUGUUAGCUGUAAUGUAGUUUCAUGUAUUAUUGGACUUGAUAGCCUGAAGGCCACUAGGAUUAAUGAUGACUCUUCAUCAUGGACCACUAAUCAAGACGUAAGGUUACGAAUGGAUGGAUUAUUUGAGUUGAAGGAACAUGCAGUCCUAUUUACAAGAGAGUUUACAGCUUUGUAUACAAAUGGACCAGCUGGUGGUGGUGGUAUCAGCACUGGAUAUAAGAAAGAGAUAAUUCUCGAAAAAAAGUUGGUUGGGCGCGAAUGCAUUUUCUGGCAGACUGGAGUGAAGUACACCACAGGAAUGAAUUUGGAGAAGGAAGAAAUUGGCCAUGAGAAUGUGGAGAAGAUGCAUGAAGCUUUGUUACCACCAUUUACAAAAGAUAAUGGGGAUUAUUCGUUGCCUGUGAUUGAGACUUCCCCUGCUUCAUCUGGCCAGGAGAUCCCACUUUAUACUGUAGCUCAUAGCAGGGCUGGGGACAAAGGAAAUGACUUGAAUUUUUCAGUCAUCCCACACUUCCCUCCAGACAUUGAGAGACUGAAGAUGGUUGUGACACCUGAAUGGGUAAAUGGAGUUGUCGCUGCGCUUCUGAAUACCUCUUCAUUUCCUGACUCAGAAGCUAUCAAGAAGAGAGACAAAUGGAUCAAUGAACAUGUAAAAGUGGAAAUUUAUGAAGUAAGGGGAAUACAUUCUUUGAAUGUAGUGGUCCGAAACAUUCUAGAUGGUGGUGUCAAUUGCUCUCGGAGGAUUGACCGGCAUGGAAAGACCAUUUCAGACGUUAUACUAAAUCAGCAAGUUGUUUUGCCCCCAUGACGAGCGAGUCUUCACCCUCAUCAGCUUUUCGCAUGUUUAUCCUCAUGGAGUUGAGUUCCAUAUAACAAAUUUGUAAUGCUGAUGUUUACCUUUUUUUUUUAUUCCUUCGGCAUGUUUAAAAGUAUAUUCAUUUUUCGAAGACAACAAAAGUGUUACACUUUAGACUAAUUUAUGGAAAGGGGUAACAUUAGUGUUUCGAUC